UUGUUCAAAUGUAACAUGAGAGCUGUGUAUAUUCAUGAUUUUUUGUGCUCAUAUAAAGAUACCGCUAGAUGCUGUCUACAGGUUAUUUCUUACUGGUUAAUUUAUAACAGAACCCGCUUAAUUAAUAGUUACAUUCCGGUUUCUUCCUCAGCCACUGGUGCCUCAACCACCAUCUAUGCCGUUGAGGCAGAUGGUGACCCAAAUGCUGGGUUUGAAAAGUCAAAGGAGCCAGGAGACAUACAGUAUCUUAUUAAAUGGAAAGGCUGGUCACACAUCCAUAACACUUGGGAAACUGAAGAAACACUGAAGCAACAAAAUGUUAAAGGAAUGAAGAAACUGGACAACUACAAGAAAAAGGAUCAGGAGACAAAACGAUGGCUGAAAAAUGCUUCUCCAGAAGAUGUGGAAUAUUAUAAUUGCCAGCAGGAGCUUACAGAUGAUCUGCAUAAACAAUAUCAAAUAGUGGAAAGAAUAAUUGCUCAUUCAAAUCAGAAGUCAGCAGCUGGCUAUCCAGACUACUAUUGCAAAUGGCAGGGUUUACCUUACUCAGAAUGUAGCUGGGAAGAUGGUGCUCUCAUUGCCAAAAAGUUUCAGGCACGCAUUGAUGAGUAUUUUAGCAGAAAUCAAUCCAAGACUACUCCCUUUAAAGACUGCAAGGUUCUAAAACAGAGACCAAGAUUUGUUGCACUAAAGAAGCAACCAUCUUACAUAGGAGGACAUGAAAGUUUGGAGUUAAGAGAUUAUCAGUUAAAUGGAUUGAAUUGGCUCGCUCAUUCAUGGUGCAAAGGGAAUAGUUGUAUUCUUGCAGAUGAAAUGGGUCUGGGUAAAACAAUACAAACAAUUUCUUUUCUGAACUACCUGUUUCAUGAACAUCAACUGUAUGGGCCUUUUCUACUGGUCGUGCCACUUUCUACCUUGACAUCUUGGCAAAGAGAGAUUCAAACUUGGGCUCCUCAGAUGAAUGCUGUAGUUUACUUAGGAGAUAUAACUAGUAGAAAUAUGAUAAGGACUCACGAAUGGAUGCAUCCACAGACUAAACGAUUAAAGUUUAACAUACUUCUGACGACAUAUGAAAUUUUACUGAAGGAUAAGUCAUUCCUUGGUGGUCUCAACUGGGCAUUCAUUGGAGUUGAUGAAGCUCAUCGUUUAAAAAAUGAUGACUCUUUGCUGUACAAGACUUUAAUAGACUUUAAGUCCAACCAUCGUCUUCUUAUUACUGGAACCCCUCUGCAAAACUCCCUCAAAGAGCUGUGGUCUUUGUUGCAUUUCAUCAUGCCAGAAAAAUUUUCCUCCUGGGAAGAUUUUGAAGAGGAGCAUGGCAAAGGAAGAGAAUAUGGUUAUGCAAGUCUUCACAAAGAGCUUGAACCAUUUUUACUGAGAAGAGUUAAAAAAGAUGUAGAAAAGUCUUUACCUGCCAAGGUUGAGCAAAUUCUGAGGAUGGAAAUGAGUGCACUGCAGAAGCAGUAUUACAAGUGGAUUUUAACACGGAAUUAUAAAGCCCUCAGUAAAGGUUCGAAAGGCAGUACCUCAGGCUUUCUGAACAUUAUGAUGGAACUUAAGAAGUGUUGUAACCAUUGCUACCUCAUUAAACCACCAGAUGAUAAUGAAUUCUAUAAUAAACAGGAGGCCUUACAGCAUUUGAUACGUAGCAGUGGGAAACUAAUCCUUCUUGACAAACUACUGAUUCGGCUGCGAGAACGUGGCAACAGAGUUCUGAUUUUCUCUCAGAUGGUGAGGAUGCUGGACAUCCUAGCAGAAUAUCUAAAGUACCGGCAGUUUCCCUUCCAGAGACUUGAUGGAUCAAUAAAAGGGGAAUUGAGAAAGCAAGCACUGGAUCAUUUCAAUGCAGAAGGAUCAGAGGUAUGGCAAUUAUUUUUUCCUACUUUGCUCUUUUUCCCAAGAAACAUUGACUCAUCCAGUAGUGAAGAUUCUGCUGAUGAUUCAUCCAGUGAAACCAAGAAGAAAAAGCAUAAAGAUGAAGACUGGCAAAUGUCAGGGUCAGGGUCAGUAUCAGGAACUGGUUCUGAUUCUGAAUCGGAGGAAGAUGGGGAUAAAAGCAGCUGUGAAGAAAGUGAAUCUGACUAUGAGCCAAAAAACAAAGUCAAAAGCCGUAAACCUCCAAGCAGGAUUAAGCCAAAAAGUGGGAAAAAGAGCACAGGACAGAAGAAGAGGCAACUUGAUUCAUCAGAGGAGGAGGAGGACGAUGAUGAAGAUUAUGAUAAGAGAGGAUCUCGUCGCCAGGCAACAGUGAAUGUUAGUUACAAAGAAGCUGAAGAAACCAAGACAGAUUCUGAUGAUUUACUGGAAGUUUGUGGAGAAGAUGUCCCACAGACUGAGGAAGAUGAAUUUGAAACUAUAGAGAAAUUUAUGGACAGUCGAAUUGGCCGAAAAGGAGGCCCCUUCCCACCUGUAUGGGACCUUAGUUUCUAUAUUAAACCUCUGGUGGCCUUGGAAGCUGUGGUUCAACAAGCUGCCCAGAUAGUAGCUGAUCUGGGGGAGACAGAGCGUCUGCACACUAGGUGCAAUAUCCGAGUAGUAGAAGAAGCAGAGGUGCUCUCAGUAGUUAAAACCAAGAGGCCACCUAUGCAGAACUCUCAGUCAUGGCCUGUAAGGGUCUCAUGUAAACAAAUGUUUAAUGACCUUAUUCGGGCUGGGGUCCAAUUUGCGAAGAUCGAUCGCCAGCCCAAUCGCAUCUGCCUUCAGCUGAAGGGUAAUCAGAGAUUCCAGAACUACCCGAAGAAACCAAGGGGGAAAGGUCCUGCUAUUAGUUCCAGGGUCUCUGGCUGCCUGUGCUGGCAGGAGUCUGCUAGGGUCCUCGGCCAAGCUGCCACACAAAACACAGCAGACAAGAUGGUGGCACUGGAUUUAAGGGCAAUGGAUUUAAGAAAGAGCAAAAUUCACUGGACAGAGGAAGCUGCAACGAAGUGUAAGAAAUACAACCGUUUUGGGACACCAAGUUCAGAAGAGAGUCCUUGUUUAAAUAAAAUCAUGUAUCUAUUUGGUGAAAAUACUUAUGUUCCGAAACAUAAGGUAGCUAACUUUUCCAAUAUGGAUGAAGAUGACAUUGAGUUGGAACCAGAACAAAAUCUAAGAAACUGGGAAGAAAUCAUUCCAGAAGUCCAGUGGCGACGAAUAGAAGAAGAGGAAAGACAAAAAGAACUUGAAGAAAUAUAUAUGCUUCCAAGAAUGAGAAACUGUGCAAAACAGAUCAGCUUUAAUGGAAAUGAAGGGAGAUGCAGUAGGAGCAGAAGAUAUUCUGGAUCUGAUAGUGAUUCCAUCUCAGAAAGAAAACGACCAAAAAAACGUGGACGACCACGAACUAUUCCCCGUGAAAUCAUUAAAGGAUUUAGUGAUGCGGAGAUUAGACGAUUUAUCAAGAGUUACAAGAAAUUUGGUGGCCCACUUGAAAGGUUAGAUGCUAUAGCUAGAGAUGCUGAGCUAGUUGAUAAAUCUGAAACAGACCUUAGACGUCUGGGAGAACUUGUACAUAAUGGAUGCAUUAAGGCUUUAAAUGAUAAUGACUUUGGUCAAGGAAGAACAGGUGGUAGAUUUGGGAAAGUUAAAGGCCCAACAUUCCGAAUAUCAGGAGUGCAGGUGAAUGCAAAGCUAGUCAUUUCUCACGAAGAAGAGUUGGCACCAUUGCAUAAAUCCAUUCCUUCAGAUCCAGAAGAAAGGAAAAGAUAUGUCAUCCCAUACCACACCAAAGCAGCUCAUUUUGAUAUAGAUUGGGGUAAAGAAGAUGAUUCCAAUCUGUUAAUAGGUAUCUAUGAAUAUGGUUAUGGUAGUUGGGAAAUGAUAAAAAUGGAUCCUUAUCUCAGUUUGACACAGAAGAUUUUACCUGAUGAUCCAGAUAAGAAACCCCAGGCUAAGCAGUUACAGACUCGUGCAGACUACCUCAUUAAAUUGCUGAAUAAAGACCUUGCAAGAAAAGAAGCGCAGAGACUUGCUGGUGCAGGCAAUUCAAAGAGGAAAAAAACAAGAAGUAAGAAGAAUAAAACAACAAAGACUGCAAAAAUAAAAGAAAUAAAGAAUGACUCCUCAUCACCACCCUCAGAAAAAUCUGAUGAGGAUAAUGAGGAUGAGAUUGUUUCAGUGAAAUAUCUACAUAAAAAAAUAAAAGCAGAAAAAGAAAAUGAAGAAAAAGAUGGGCCAGAUGUUGGUAUAAAGACAGAAGCUGGAGAAAAAAGAGAGACAAAAGAAAAGGAAAAUAAGAGGGAUUUGAGAUGGGAGAAAAAAGAAAAAGAGGAUAAGAAAGAAUUAAAAUAUAUUAAAGAAAAGAGAGAAAACAAAGUAAAAGAAUUCACACAGAAAGUAAAAGAAGUAAAGGAAGAGAAGAUAAAUGAAAUCAAAUCUGAAUAUAAAGAAAAAAAUAAAAAAGUUCCAUUAUUGGAUAUUCCAGUUCAUAUUACUGCAAUUAGUGAACCAGUUCCUAUAUCUGAUGAAUCUGAAGAACUGGAUCAGAAGACAUUCAGUGUGUGCAAAGAAAGAAUGAGGCCUGUCAAAGCAGCACUGAAACAGCUGGAUAGACCAGAGAAGGGCCUUUCUGAAAGGGAGCAGCUGGAACAUACUAGGCAGUGUCUAAUCAAAAUUGGGGAUCACAUUACAGAAUGCCUGAAGGAGUACACAAAUCCAGAGCAAAUAAAACAGUGGAGGAAAAACUUGUGGAUUUUUGUCUCCAAGUUUACAGAAUUUGAUGCCAGAAAGCUGCACAAACUCUACAAACAUGCAAUCAAAAAGCGCCAAGAGUCUCAGCAGCACAAUGACCAAAACAUUAGCAGCAAUGUGAAUACACAUGUAAUCAGAAAUCCAGAUGUGGAAAGACUGAAGGAGACUACAAACCAUGAUGACAGUAGCAGGGAUAGUUAUUCUUCUGAUAGACAUUUAUCACAAUACCAUGAUCAUCACAAAGACAGGCAUCAGGGAGAUGCCUAUAAGAAAAGUGACUCUAGGAAAAGGCCGUAUUCAGCCUUCAGUAAUGGAAAAGAUCACAGAGACUGGGAUCACUACAAACAGGACAACAGAUACUACAGUGAUAGUAAACAUAGAAAGUUAGAUGACCACAGAAGCAGAGAUCACAGAUCAAACCUGGAAGGAAACUUAAAAGACAGCCGGGGUCAUUCAGAUCACCGCUCCCAUUCAGACCACAGGAUACACUCAGAUCACCGUUCCACUUCAGAAUACGGUCAUCACAAAUCUUCCAGAGAUUAUAGAUACCACUCAGACUGGCAAAUGGACCACAGAGCUUCUGGUAGUGGCCCAAGGUCACCACUAGAUCAGAGGUCUCCGUAUGGUUCAAGGUCUCCCCUAGGACACAGAUCUCCAUUUGAACACUCGUCGGAUCACAAAAGUACACCUGAACAUACAUGGAGUAGCCGGAAGACAUAACAAAGACUGACAUUUUCUGGACCUUCUUUUAGCCAUAUACAGUAAACUAACACAGUAAUUGCCUUACGUGACUUGAAAGAUAUGGACUGGAUAUUCUAUCAGUAGCAGUAUUGUUACUUCUUUCCAGGAUGCAAGGUCUAUUAUCCCAACAGAAGAAAAAUAUUUUUGUAUUUAAAGUUUAUGCUGCACUGUGCUGCAAAUGUUGUAGCACUUUUUUUUAAGAAAUGGAAGAUGUUUACUUUUACAGGGACCUCAACACUGCCCCUUUCAGACUGGAUCUUACUAUAAAACUCUUCAUGUCAAAGUGAUUUUAGGCUGAACACAGAUUAAAUUAUGUUUGUAAAUGAACAUUUAAACACUGACCUGUGCUUAUGUUUCAGGAAAGAAUGGGGGAUUUAUUUUGUUUUAUUUCUUAGUAGAGAACUCUCAAGGACUUUGUUCACUUUCCAAAGCUACUUGUUUACAUUGUACACUGCGACCACCUUGCCGCUUUUCAUCACAAGCUUGAAUAUUUAAAUUCUGUAACUACAGUUGUAAAAUACCCAGGAUUUCUCCUGUUUGUGAUCAGUUAUAAUGCCUUUUUAUGAAACAAACAACAAAAAAAUUAAAAAAAACCACAACAAAACCAACAAAUGGCUGUAAAUUAUUGUAAAUUAAUUAAAUGAGCUUUUUUCCCCUCUCAGGCUUUUUUUGGCUGUUCCUUUCCCCACCAACUCAGGCCUUCUUUUCACAAAGUCGAUAAACUUACAUGUUUAAAUAAAAUAUCUCAAUGAAAUCAGAAUGUAAAAAUGGGGAAAGGGAAUAUUUUAUUCCAUUUAGUGGUCCUUUUUUAUUGGAUAUGUUAGAUACCUGUUUUUGGUUGUUUUUUGGGGUUUUUUUGUUUUUUUUCUACUAAACUGUCAGUGUUGUGAUUGUUGUAAUGGAACAGUGAGAAAUAUCCAGCUAAACUAUGCUCUGGAAAGCUUUUCAGGUGCAUUGGUUUAAAGAAGGAAGUGUUCAGUACCUGAACACUUUAAAACCCAGAUCAGCCAAGAUUUAUUGUAAAUCCAUUUGUUUUCACACUUUAACAUGGGCAAUAAUGUCAAAUGUGCUAUGCAGCCAGUUCAUAUUUUAGAAGAUUUGAAUGACUUUAUUAACAGAAUUGUUACAAUGCACAUUGAUUGUACAUAGAUAACUUCUAUCUGACAAAUUAAAUUUAACUAAAAGGAUA